GAGUUGGACAUCUCGAAGGUGGGAGAAGCCAAAACAGAGGUAACAACAAAUACCCCCGCAUUCGAGCUUCAGCGGAGCGCCGAACUGCGUGUCACUCUACAUAAUAUUACAGGGACAGUGGAUACAAGUUGAAUAAACCAGACAACAAGAUAAGAUAAUCUAAGUGAUGCGUAGACACAGGAAAGUUCCGAAAUCCAAUUCCACUCGUUUUGGUGCAAGGACGCAGCGUUGAUGAUGUGUAGUUCUGCUGGCUGCCCUCCGUCUGGGCCCACGUCGAUGUCCCAUUCUUCAGAGUCGCAUCCAGCGGGGCGACGGUCUCUGCCACCCCACGUAGGUAGCAACCUCCGCAGUUCGAUCUGCGAUAUACACGGCAGGCUCAUCUCUGAGUCGCUUGUAAGGUUGCCUACAGCCCACGUCGCUCCUGAUCACUCGAGCUUCAACCAGUUUUCCACUUGGACCCCGUUUGUGUCACACCCUCCCUCGUUGGCCCGCGUGUUUCGCGACUCGCGUCCUCAGUCGGCACAAACGAAUGAGUUGCAACAAGCCCAUGCUCCUUCCCCGGCUCCCACCGUUCCUGAUUUCUCAUCGCUCCUUUCACCAUUAAAUAGCCUGCAGGCAAAUAUGUCGGGCAUGCAGAUGGACGUGCAAAACGUGCUCAAGGAGUUGCGCACCAUCAAAACCACGCAAAAGAACUUAGUGGACAGAGUUGACUCACUCGAAGAGGUUCUCGGGGUCAGCCACGAGAAGGCCGGACAAAAACAAGUACGCGGUAGACCUAGCAAGGGAAAUGUGAAAGACAAGGCAACUGACGAAGUAGGUGCUCUCGAGGAAGGAAACCAGACAUCCCAGACACCUGUUGCCAACCUCGUCGACAGACUGGGCGCGAUUGAAGUCGCUGUAGAGAAGUUGCUCGAUCGUAUGGAGAGUAGGAGCUGCGAGAGAUGUGCGUCUGAUCUCGUACUCCUUCCGUCGUUCGUCUGAGGCUGAG